CUUGAGAUACUAACGGAGGUUUGCCUCUUGGUGGCGUCUGAGUCCUUCUUGAGGAAAAUCUGUCUAAUACAAAUUAACCGAAAUCACAAAUUAAAGCGGAACGGAAGAUAACGACACUAUUUUUCUGUUUAGAUUUAAAGAACGCAUUAUUGUUAACCCACUCAGAUAACGCAAAUCAGUAAACUUUGACUUGUUGAUAGUGCCAGUGAAUAAUUUCGUAGUGCGCGCUGUCCCACCAAGGAAAUCAUGACUAAGGACCCAUUCGACUAUGGCGACGUGAUCCGCGUUUGGUUGUGAAGGAAAUUACUGCCAUGACUCUGUUACUGAAGGUAUUACUAGUAAUUGGAGCAGGAACUGUACGAUCCAGAGAGUGCAAUUACAAACCCGAAGACACAAUCUCAUGUAAAAACAUUAGUUCCCUAACGCAACUUAGGGAAGCAGUUCAAGACUGCGUUACCUUCGAGUUGGUCGAGAUGGAAAACUUUGGCACCUUGGAGAUCGAGAGUAGCAAGAUUGAUUUUUUGGGCCCAAAUGCCCUCCAAGGUUUCCAGCAUGUGAGGACCUUAAGAUUUCUGUUUAGUAACAUAACGGGCAUCUCUUACAACAGUUUUAGACAUUCGAGCGGUUUGGAAGAACUCCAAAUUUCCUCGAGUACAUUGGAAAACGUUGAGGAAGGUGCGUUUGAAGAAAUGGGCGACUUGGUGAGGUUUCGGAUAAUUGAUACGGAAGUGAAGCGACUGCCGAAGGAGUGGUUAACUUACAUGCCGGCUCUCAAAGAGGUAUGCUUGAACAGUACCAACCUCAAGGAAAUUGAGGAGGGUGCCUUUGAUACCGCAACAGGUCUCCUACAUGUCGCCUUGUCUAGAAAUAGGCUGACCAAUUUGCCAAAGAAUCUACUUGUAAAGUCACCCAGCCUUGAAGCCGUGUGGCUCGAUUACAAUUCCUUGGAGCACUUACACGAGGACGCUUUCGAUGGAUUGACAAAGGUCAAAAUCCUCCACCUGGAGAACAACUGUUUGGAAAACCUUCCUCCUCGAGUCUUUGGACACUUGAGCUCCCUCUACGAGCUGCACCUACAAAAUAACGACCUAGAAGAGCUGACCGAGGGAGUUUUCUCCGAGUUGAAGACCCUCAAGUCUCUUAAUCUCUCGAGCAACUACUUGACCGAGUUACCGAACGUUCUCUUCGAGAACUUGAAGAUGCUCGAGUGGAUCGAUCUAACCGAAAACCAUCUCAGAAGCUUAGACGCGGGUUUAUUAAAAAACCUGUCAAAUCUCAAGUACAUCGGUUUGGCCCGCAAUCAGCUGUCCUCAAUACCCGACGGCCUCCUCGGCAACAAACCCGGCCUUUCCGUUCUGGAGUUCAUGUCGAAUAAAAUUGAAAACAUCACGCUCGCAACUCUCAAGGGGUUAAGCCAGCUCAGGGUGCUCAGGUUGGACUCGAACAAGGUGAAGAAGCUCUCAGCCUCCUCGUUUAAAGACACGAAAGCCCUCGUCCACUUGAACCUCAACCGAAACAAGAUUAAGACGCUCCCUUCGACGAUCUUCUCCCGAACGGUCGCCUUGGAAACGUUAAGCUUGGAGGACAACAAGCUAACCACGCUAGAGGCGGGGAUCUUCGACAAGCUGGCCAAUUUGAGCCGGCUGGAGUUGGGCAGAAACCGAAUCAAGACCAUCGAGCCGCACACUUUCAAGAAUUUAGGAAAGCUCACCUCCUUAGGCGUUACCAGUAACAAGCUGCGAAACCUCACCGCGAAGAUGUUCGACGGAUUAACCUCCCUCGUCCAAUUCUCCAUGGCCCGGAACGAGAUCGACAGCAUCGACUGCGAAACCUUCAAAGACCUCUCGCCUUUACACUUUUUGCGUUUGGGGGACAUCGAUUUGACCCACUUUGAGCCCGGCUGCUUCUCGCCCUUAACAAACCUUCGCAGUUUCACGGCGAAGAGGUCAAAGCUGAAGUACUUGAAGAAAGGUAAUUUUCUCGGCCUGUCCCGGUUGAGAUCCCUGUAUUUGACGCAGAACCAAAUCAAGGAGGUGGAGGAGUGGACGUUUGAGGGCCUCUCGAGCUUGCAAACGCUCUCCCUAUCCCGAAACCGCCUAGUGAGCCUCAAAGCUGAGAUGUUUCUGGGCUUAAGCAGACUUGAUAUGCUAAUUCUGGACGAUAAUAGAAUUACGACCGUCGAGCCCUUUGCGUCACUGGCAACGUUGCGAUUCCUCUACCUAAACUCAAAUCGGCUGUUCAAGCUGAAAGGCGACGAGUUCGCUAAACUGGCCGGCUUGAGGAUCUUAGAACUGGGGGACAACGAUCUCAGAAGCUUACCGUCGGACAUCUUCCGGUCCGUGGAGUCACUAACAGCCUUAAACCUCAAAGGAAACAAACUGAGGAUACUCCAGAAGGGUUCAAUUCCGACGAUCUCCCAAUUGAGAUACCUCAACCUGGAAGGGAAUAACAUCACCGAGAUCCGACCGGGCACGUUCGACAACUUGAGCUCGCUCCAGGAGCUGAAUUUGGCAAAUAACACCUUGACGAACAUCACCUUGGAGACGUUCCGGGGACUUAUCAACAUGAGACUGCUAGACCUCGAGCACAACGCCGUCAUUUAUCUAGAUCUGGCUGCUUUGGGGAAUCUUACCGGUUUGAAAGAGGUGCGUUUGGGUGGAAAUACGGUGGAUCCAAAAGUGGUAGAGACUAUAAGUAAAAAAUACACGAAGACUCACAAGUUUCAUUUUGGUGCAACCGUCGUGUUGUAAAUUGUGUGCAAAAGAAUUCGCGAUGGUGGAAUAAUUAAUAACACAGGUCCCACAGUGGUUCCUUGCGGCACUCCACUCUCAAUAAACUGUCAUU